AUGGAUGGACCAGACAAGGGCGACGCGAAGGCCGUCGUUCGCGGAUACAGGGUGAGGUCAACAACAAGUACGCGACAAGGCAUCGCUACAACCGCUGCGCAUGUGUUGCAAGGGGGCCAUUUCCCCAGAGAAGGCUCGGUUGUAAUACCUGAGACUGUACACACAAGCAUCGCCCACAAGCAACGCUUCAGGAGCGAUGUUCAAGCUCAAUUCGACACCUUGGGUACACCAGAGAUGUUCGGAACCUGGUCUGUCGAUUUAAUCGUGGAGCGCCCCAUGUUUCAUUUUGUGCUGUGGACGGUACGGUCGCUGGCGGAGCUUAUCGAGCAGAACAAUCGAGGUGGACGACACACCAUUAUUUCAUGCGACGCCGAGCCGGAGGAUCUCGAGCUGCGUGAGAUUGUUCAACGAGUUCAGGUUCACCGCCACACCGAGAAAUAUUGCGUCCGCUACCGGCAGAAUGACGACAAGUUUUGUCGCUUUAAUUUUCCUAAGCCCAUCUGCGACUCAACAUGCAUCAAGGAGUGCGAGAUUCUUUACAGGCGUGGGCCUGGCGAUGUGAUGAUUAAUCCGUACAACCUGGAUCUAUCACGCUACUGCAGGAGCAAUACUGAUAUGCGUCUGCGUCUGAACAUCGGUCCAAGGGCCCAUCUCUACAUAUCAAAAUAUAUCUCCAAGGUUGACGACAAGUCUGAGGGGUCGCUCAACGUCACAGGGACUGUGGAUCAGGUAGAUCAAAAGUCCGCUUGGGACAAGGUUCGAUUCAUUGUCAACUACCGUCAAGAAUACACCAACCGCUCAGCAAGACCCCCUCCCUACAACAUUAACGAUUCUGAUCAGGAUGAUGGUCAGGACGAUGAUGAUGCACAGGAGGAUGACCUCGAUAUAGAUCAGAACCAAGAAGCCGAGGGCGUUAAUGACCAAGAUCUCGCCUACUCGACAGAUAGACAUAAGCCUUUUGGAGGAUUGCCUAUAGUGUUGCUUGGCGAUUUGAAGCAAUUGAGACCGGUUGUAAAAGGGCUCUCCAACGACCCUCGUCAGUGGAUCACUUUUGCCUGUGAGUACUCGUUGUUUGUGGAACUGAUUCUGGACCAGAACUGUCGCCAGAGAGGGGACCCCGAGUUCUACAAGUUUUUGGACAUUAUCCGAUCUGGUCCAACCUCAAGACAGGACAUUGAUCUCGUACGGUCAAGCUUUUCGCGCCGAGACUUACACAAGUUCCUUGAAGUGCAUAUGCGCUCCUUGACGAUACUCACAGCACGCACCAAGACAGCCAAUGAUCACAAUGACGAGGCAAUGGACAACCCCUUGGACGCUAACACCAGGGUGGUGUUUAUUGCUGAGGAUUCGCGUGGGAAUACCUCUGAUGCAGCGAGUUGGAUAUUGGCUAUCGAGGGAGAUACAGGUCUGCAGACGGAGCUGACACUAUGGAUUGGGGCGCUUGUUAUCGUCACAUCGAAUCUUGCUCCUAAUGCCGGCGUUAUGAAUGGAUCAAUCGAAGUGGUCAUGGAGAUAGAAUCAAGUCAUGUGCAGGGUGAGAACGGAGGAAGACCUGUUCCUGAGGAGAUGUCCCACUAA